UGACGUAGUGACGUUGCUAUAGCAGACAGCUGCUCGGCACACGGGUCGCUGCCUGGAUGACGUUUGAGUUUUUGUCGAAAACACCAUGAUGACUUUAAUUCAAAUAGCUUUAUUUUGGAAGAAGAGUUCGUCGAUUUCAUUAGUUAUUUAGCAAGAUCAGUGUUUUAAACAGCGUUUAUCUCAUCACAGCUGAGCCUGUUUUCCCAGGUGUCUUUGCUGCACGGGGUAGAGGAGCAGAAUGAGUGGGGCGGCGCUGGCCAUCGAGAUUGUGGUCGUCUUUUUUCUGGCUCUUUUCCUCCUACAUCGGUAUGGAGACUUUAAGAGGCAGCAGCGUAUGGUCCUGUUCAGCACACUGCUCGCCUGGUACCUGUGCUUCCUCAUCGUUUUCAUCCUCCCUCUGGACGUCAGCACGACAGUAUACAGGCAGUGUGUAAGCAGCCAUCAGGCCCCCACUCUGGGACCUCAGAUCUCCAACCAGACAACAGGAAAUGCAACUGUUGCACCCACUAUUAGCAUUGCAACAGUGUGUCACAAGCCGUGGAGCUACAUUCCCGAUGGGAUCAUGCCUGUCUUCUGGAGGGUUGUGUACUGGACCUCACAGUGUCUUACAUGGCUUCUUCUGCCCUUUAUGCAGUCGUAUGCCCGCUCGGGGGGCUUCUCCAUCACAGGCAAAAUAAAGACUGCUCUCAUCGAGAAUGCCAUCUACUACGGCACUUACCUGUUUAUAUUCGGCUCCCUGCUCAUCUACGUAGCAGUACAUCCUCAGUGGAGUCUGUCCUGGUACGAGCUGCAGACGAUCGGCAUCACAGCGGCCAACACGUGGGGUCUGUUCCUGUUGGUGCUGCUGAUGGGCUACGGCCUGGUGGAAAUCCCACGCUCUUACUGGGAAGCGUCUAAACAAGGACACCUGCUCAUCAAGACUUACUUCAAAGCAGCUAAGCUGAUGACGGAGAAAGCAGACGCAGAGGAGAACCUGGAGGACGUCAUGGAGGAGGUGAGGAAGGUCAAUGAGUCCAUCAAGUAUAACCACCCCUUCAGGAAGUAUGUUGAUACGAUCCUUAGAAAGUGCCCUGUUGAAUAUCAGGAGAAGAUGGGCAGGAAUAUGGAUGACUAUGAAGAUUUUGACGAUAAACAGAACACUUAUCCCAGUGAAAGGAGUUUGGUGAAGCUUCACAAGCAGGUGAUUUACGCUGUGCAGAGACACAACCGUACACAGGUACAGUGGCAGAUUCUUCUCGAUCAAGCCUUUCACCUGGAAGACGUGGCGAAAAAUGAGACCAGCUCAUCUCGCCAGUUCGUCCACAGCUUUGCACCAACAGAACCUGCGAAUUGGUUCACUCGGUACAUCUACACACCUACUGUAGAAUGGUAUUGGAAAUGUUUCCUGAAGCAAUGGUUUUAUCGUGUGUUGGCCGUGGUCCUGUCCCUCUUCUCUGUGGCUGUGGUCUGGUCUGAGUGCACCUUCUUCAGCACUCAUCCUGUCCUCUCUCUCUUCGCUGUGUUUAUCCGGCUUGCAGAACAAGAUUACAACUACCUGUACAUCGAAAUGGCAUGUUUCAUCACAAUCUUCUUCUUGUGCACUUGCGUGUACUCCACUGUGUUUCGGAUCCGUGUCUUCAACUACUACUACCUGGCCUCACACCAUCAGACAGACGCCUACAGCCUUCAGUUCAGCGGCAUGCUUUUUUGCCGUUUGACUCCGCCCCUAUGCCUGAACUUCCUUGGCCUGAUUCACAUGGACUCGGCUAUCUCUCACCAGGCAAAAGAGCAGACAGCCUACACUUCAAUCAUGGGGUCGAUGCGUGUCCUCUCCUUUAUUGCCAAUGGAUUUUACAUCUACUAUCCUAUGCUGAUUGUCAUCCUCUGCAUUGCCACAUACUUCAGCCUUGGUACCCGCUGUUUGAACCUCCUGGGCUUCCAGCAGUUUAUGGGAGAUAAUGAGAUGACCUCUGACCUGAUCGAUGAGGGCAGGGAACUACUGCGCAGAGAGAGAAGAAAACGGCAAAGGAUAGAGGACGGGGAGAACAGAAGAAGAGAGUGGCGAGAGCGCUACGGCCAGCAGAGAGAUGAAACAGGAGCCAGAAACCGGGCCUCUGCCUCUGAAAUGAAAGAAACCAAUUACGCUGACGCACUCGGCUCCAACUCAAACAGACAGGCUAAAUACUCUCGCGGUGGAGGUAUGCGCUCUGAGAGAGACCAUAUAGAGCUCUUGCAGGACGCGGAGCCUCUGGACUUCAAUGCAGAAACAGUCAGUGACGACCCGCUGGAGUCCAACAGGCACACAGGAGGGCGGUAUCUCUCCAUGUCCUCCUCACAGAGCAGAAUCUUUGAUGACGUGUAAACACAUUACGGCAGGAGAAGAGCAGAAAGGAGGCUGAAGUUAUGUUCUGCUCAAUCUGACAUUACGUAAGGAGACAUUAUAGGACUUUGUGUCCUUCAUGAAUGUAGAAUGUUACAUUAUGCUGAGAAUGCACAACAGUAAUGGGUACAUAUGUUGUAUCCUUGAAUGGAGAGUAUGUAACUACUAAAAACCCUGUUCCAAUACUGUUUAAUUGCUCCCUCGUUGACUUCCCCUCUCUUUCCCCUUGGAUAAACGUUAAAGGUCCUUCUAUAACUUAUUAUUAUUAUUAUUAUUAUUAUUAUUAUUAUUAUUAUAAGGAAAAAGGAGAAGGAACUUACCCAAAAGGCAUUGCGAUUUGACCUUUUCAGAUGAGCAAAAAUUGGCAGAAGGUGUUGUGUAAACAGGAGCAAUGAAAUAAUUUAUAUUUUACGUAUGAUUGUUGCUUCACAUUGGGAUCUAUGUUACCGUCUGCUACUUACUGUAGCUUUUUAGCUAGUUGGCUCUGUAUAUAGUUCAAAGGAAAUCAGACAUACAGUCGCAAAACAUCUGAUUUGUUAUAUCUUGAUGCAAUAUGAAUGGCUGUGUAAUGGCAUUACUGUAUUUGUGUUCAUAGUUGCUGCAUAUUUCCUGAACCUAAAUAGAUUUGGUUAGCCUUGACCUCCCCGGGGUGAAGCACUACAGUGUUGAUUUAAAUCACCAUGAGCUACAUAUGAUUCACUUCUGCAUGAAUCUCUCAUAGAUGGGAUUUGGAGUGGGGUGGCAACGGGGGUGUGCUCGCUCUUCCUGUUAUACCCGCCUCCUGUUGUUUGAUGUAGGUAUCACACUCUUCCAAGUCAGCAAGGGCAUUUAAAACAGUAGUGAACAGUAGUGUUUUUUUUUUUCCUCUCUUAAAUGCUGCAUGUCAAAAACUGGAUUUUUCUUCUCUUUGCAUACAGAGAAGCUCGCUGGUCAGUUACUAUGUAAACCUGAAUGACCCAAGCAUUAAGUCACCCCAGGCAUGGUGCAAUUAAUAUUCAAAUAUCUACAAGAACUUAAUUUUGAUUGCAUUCCUUUUACUGCUAAUAUCUAGAGGUGCCAACAUCUACAAUUUAGCCGUAGCAUUUAUGAUUACAGGCUUACCGAAACUGAAUGCUUGAAACUUUGAUAAAUGUUGCCUGGUCGUUGUCCAUCCACCUCAAGUUUUGGCAUGUUGUGCAUUCUGAGAUGCUUUUCUGCUCACCACAGUUGUGAAAGUGCUUAUUGAAGUUACCAUAAUCUUCCUGUCAGUUCCUAUCAGUCUAGCCAUUCUCCUCUGACCAUUCUCAAGGCAUUUCCACUUGCAGAAGUUCAGCAGAACUCACUGGAGUUUUUUUGUUGUCGUUGUUUUUUUUUUUUUGUUUGUUUUUCACACCACUCCCGGACUGUUGUGAGUGAAAAUUCCAGAUCAGCAGUUUCUGAAAUACUCAAACCAGCCAACCGUCUUGCGACAACAACUAUGCCACAGUCACUGAGGUUGCAUUUUUUCCCCCAUUCUGGUGUUUGAUGUGAACAUUAACUGAAGCUCUUGACCUGUAUCUGCAUGAUUUUGUACAUUGCACUGCUGUCAUAUGAUUGGCUGGCAUACAGGUGUUCCUAUUAAAUGUAUAUUGAGAAUGAACUGUUUACUGCAUUUGACCCCAUUUGGGUUUGACAGGUCUGCUUCUGGUAGCAUUACUUUUGCUUUGCCAUGACUUUACCUAGGUUAAUUUGCGAGUCUCACAUUGUAGAUAAACUGUAAUUAGUCCCAGAUGUAAAUUUUGUCAUAUUAUAAAAAAAUAUAUAGAAUAUAUACGGUGUUUUAGAGUGCUCACGUGAGAUUUGUUGGUUGAAAGGUUUAGUGUCUUCAGCAGAAAAUAAACUGUAAUAAAGUUUGGAGUCAUCUCACAUGUAAAGAGGUUGAGAGUGGACCUUCUAGGGAGGAAAUAUAUAUUUAAGGAAGUACAAAACUCUACAUAGUGAAGUAUGAUUUAAUUUAAUAUUCCGUCCAUUUAAGUGGUUUAUUUAACGCCUACACAUGCUUGCACAUUCACAUACUGUAAUUAAAUCUAAUAUUUAUUCUGAUUAAAUGACUUGCUAAGUACAUAUGAGGUUUUUUUGUGUACGGUGCAGUUGGGCUUUUGGCCAGGGUUAAACUCUGAAAUUAACUUUGCCAGGUGCUGAGUUAAAAGCAGAACCACACAUUAUUAUGUUUGGGGGGGUUUUCUGUUAUCAGUUAAAAUGGCAAACAUCAUAUUGUUUAAUGAGUGAAUAAUGAUGGUUUUUAAUGUCAGUGUUUUUCAGUUUAAUGUUUUUUUUUUUCUUUUAAUCUGAUUUUGAUGUAUGAAGUUGACUGACAUACUGUAUCAUGCAGCGAUAAAGUGACCUUAUUUUUUAUGUGUCAUGAGAAAAAGAAGGAUUAAGUUACCUGCCAUUCAUCACUGCACUGUCAUCCUGAAUGCAAGAGAAAUUCAGACUACUGUGGCUUUUCUUUUUAAUUAUACAUGAUGCAUAAUGAUUAAUGAUCAAUAGCAUCGUUUUCAGUGUCACAUGUGAAAUGUGUAAAGCUGAUUUUAUUCUUUACUAUUGUAGUCACUUGUGGGGUUUUUUUUGUCGUUAUUUCUCUGAGGCUUAAUCAUUAAUGAUAGUCAGCGUGAGGUUACAGAAGAUUAUAGAAGUCAUGCACAAGCAUGAAUAUUACCUCAAUUAUAUCAAAUGCAUUCACUGUAAAUAUUCAUCUUUAUUGUUGAAUCUUUCAGCAAGGACUCUGGGCAACUUUUUAAAAUCUCAAUGUAUAUGUAAAUCCGAAUUUUCAAAGAAUAAUGAAGUGUACUGUGUUAUGACUGCAUUCACAUUUACUGGAUUGUUUUUUUUGUUGUUGUUUUUUUGUUUUUUUGCUGUUUCAUUCCUUAAAGGAAUAGUUCAGUGAAAAUUCAUGUAAUUUUCCCCUUAAAGAAAUGUAUGCGAUCAUCUUAGACAUGAGUUUUGCACUUAAUCUGAAACAACCAACACCAAUGUCUUGGCUAACAAGUAAUCAAAGUCUCUCACCCAAAAUGUUUGUGUCAAACCACUGUGUCCUAACCACAUAUUCACACCAUAACAUGACAGAUUUCUUUUAUGUGUGCAACAGUACAACAAACGAGAUUUUUUCAAUUCUACAAAUCCAACAAUUGGCUUGAACAUUUCCUCCGACCAAUCCCAUGGCAUGUGUGGUCCAGCGUUUCUUUAGUUCCCCACUCACAACUUUAGUUCCUAUAUGCAAUUAAUUCCUAUGUACUGUGACAGCACAAAAUGGACAAAAAAAACCUUAUAACCGUGUUUUCAUCUUAUCCUGUCACACAUGACCUUUCAUUAAAUGUAUAAAGAGAUAUUAUGAUAUAUACAAAGAAAUUUCUCCUUUUUACCAUUCUGCUACAUGUCCAUGAACUACAAGCAUGACAAGUAACUUUUCACUUUCUAUUGUGAAAAUAGGAUUAAAUUAUAAAAUUAAGUCCAUUUUCGUAUCUUUUACCCUCCAGGUCUCUGCUUCCUAAAGAAAGAAAGCAGAAUUGUACUAAAAGCUGGAAGUUAUACAGAUGAUGACAAAAUAAUUUAGCAAUGUUGUAUUAAUCAUAACUUGUUAAAGCACCAAAUUAUGGCACUUUGGUUAAUGUGAAAUUGUUUUUUCACUCUUCUACUCCUUUAACUCAUUUAAUAAAAUGCUUCUCUAUAUAUUUAUGAAAAUGAUGAUUGGUUUCUUACAGAAUCAAUAGACCACGCUAAUGUCAGUGUUUGGUUUAGUGUGCAAUGUGAAUUGAAGACCACACGGCCUUCUAAUGCUGGAUUGUUGUGAUUUGUUACCUGGUGUUUCUCCUCAGUGUUCUUCUCUAGUGGUACAUUCUGUAGAAAUGCACUUAUUAUAAUAAACUGGAUUAGACUAUAUUGAAAUUGCCAAUAAAAGCUCAAGUCAAAUCUCA